AUGUUCGUUCUUGCCCGGCGGCCGGCGAGCUGGAUGAAUUGGGCAGGUGCUCUUGCCGAUCACGUCAUCGUAUCCAGAGUCCCAUCUCUCGCUCCAAGAAUCUGCAAGGAAUUGAUCUCGCUUCACCGUCACCUCAUCUCCACUGAGUCAAUCAGUGGCAAUGAGUAUGAUGUUGGAAAGUGGUUGUCUAAGCACUUGAAGCAUGAAGGCUGGGCCAUUGAGACGCAAAUGGUCAACGGUGACAAGUCUCGUCUCAACAUUCUUGCCUACCCGGGCAAGGUGCGCAACGCAGACUUGUUGAUUUCGAGCCACAUCGACACUGUUCCUCCUUUCUAUCCUUAUAAGAUACAGUCCAACGACUCCGAGACUAUCAUCUCGGGACGUGGAAGUGUGGAUGCCAAAGCUUCUGUUGCUGCUCAGAUCAUCGCUACCAAGAAACUUCUGGCUGAGAAGAAGCUGAAACCUGAUGAUGUUGCUCUGCUAUAUGUCGUUGGCGAAGAGGUUCAUGGCGAUGGUAUGCGCGCCGCCAAUGCGCUCAAAUUGACACCCAAGACAAUCAUCUUCGGUGAGCCGACUGAGGGCAAGCUUGCAACUGGUCACAAGGGAAUGCUUGGUUUCACGCUGAAUGCUUUUGGCAAGGCCGCACACAGUGGUUACCCAUGGCUCGGCCGUAGUGCCAACGAGGUGCUCGUAAAGGCACUCACUGCAUUGAUGCAGCUCAGUCUCGAGCUGCCUAAGAGCGAGAAGUACGGAUUCACCACCAUCAACCUUGGCAAAAUCGAAGGUGGAGUGGCAGGCAAUGUCGUCGCUCAAAACGCCAGUGCCCAAAUUGCCAUCAGAAUUGCAGCAGGAACACCAGAUGAAAUUGGCAAGCGCGUCCAGGAAGUUAUCAAGGCCGCAACCAACGAAUUCAAGACCCCCGGCCAUGAGGACGAAGAAAUGUUUGAAAUCGUAUUUGCAGGCAAGGGUUACGCUCCUGUCGACAUCGAUCACGACGUCGAAGGCUUUGGCACAAUCACUGUCAAUUACGGCACCGAUAUCCCCAACCUUGACAAGCUCGAUGGACAAAAGAGAUAUCUAUAUGGGCCUGGAAGCAUUCUCGUUGCUCACUCCGAUCACGAGGCUAUCACGCUCAGCGAUCUGGAAACCGCCGUGAAAGACUACGAAAAGCUAAUUUUGCAUAGCUUGUCAUAG